GUGGGCUUUGAUUGACGCCAGUCCUGUGUUUCUGUGGAGCUUGGGCUGAACUUUUUCAAAUCCGUCCUUUCCGUUCGAUAGACACUCACAUAGAAAUGGCUUGCUUAUCAGCAGGGUUGGCGAAGUCUGCAGCAAUCUUAAUAUCUAGCAACCAAAACUAUGUUUCACGGAAUAAUGAUAGAUGGGGAGCCUGUCAUUCGAAUUUCCUCUCCCCAGGCGGACAGAUCUUGCAGGCACCUGCUUUGUUUUCCUCUCCUCAAUCGACAUGGACGGUUUCAGCGGACUGGUCAUGGCUAUUUUGUGAUCAAAGAGCAGUGCAUCAUCGAAUAUGUACAUCAGCGAUUUCAAGAGAGAUAAGUGCAGGUACCGAAGUCGAUCACCGUGCAAAGGAAGCAUGUAAUGUGAACAUCUACGACACUACGCUUAGAGAUGGGUCACAGAUGGUUGGAAUCUCCUUUAGCGUCGGAGACAAACUCAAAAUUGCGCGUGCUCUCAUCGAACUCGGUGUGGCUUAUAUUGAGGGGGGAUGGCCUGGCUCCAAUCCCAAGGAUGCAGAGUUCUUUAACCGAUGGCCGGAGAUCUCACAAGGCCAAUCUGGACCGAGACGCACAAAAGUGGCUGCCUUUGGUUCAACUCGCCACAAAAAUUCCACAUGUGAAAAGGAUGCGAAUGUACAAGCUUUGCGAGAGUGUGGAGCUGAGGUGAUAACGCUGGUAGGAAAGGCGUGGGAUGUGCAGGUUACCAGAGUCCUUGAGGCAUCUCUGGAGGAGAAUCUGAACAUGAUCCGCGAUACAGUUGCAUACUUCAAGGAUCUAGGGAGGGAAGUUAUGCUAGAUGCCGAGCAUUUUUUUGAUGGCUUCAAGUCCAAUAGGGAAUACUCGUUUGAUUGUUUGAGAGCAGCAGCAGAAGCAGGGGCAGACGCUGUUAUAUUGUGUGAUACAAAUGGCGGUAGUUUGCCUUGGGAAGUGGAGGCGAUAGUAACAGCUACACAAGAAGCGCUUUCAGAGUGGCCGAAUGUGAGGAUUGGAAUACACACUCAUAAUGAUUGUGAUCUUGCAGUUGCAAAUAGUCUGGCAGCAGUGCGAGCAGGUGCUACGAUCGUUCAGGGGUGCAUGAAUGGCUAUGGAGAACGCGCAGGGAAUGCUAAUCUGGUUAGUGUUAUUGGUGGCCUCCAAGUGAAGAUGGGAAUCAAUUGUGUUCCCAGUGAGACACUGGCACGCUUGGCAGAGAUAUCUACGGCAACGGCAGAGCUUGCGGGUCAGGUUCUCUUGCCAUCCCAACCCUAUGUUGGUUCAAGUGCUUUUGCUCACAAAGGAGGGAUUCAUGUUGCAGCUGUGAGAAAGUGGUGCAUGGGCCGGCGGCAUGAAGAGAUCGCAGACUACGCGGAGGGAAGGCGUCGAGGUUAUAAUAACAGACUUGGUUGGGACUUGCUAUCUCUGGCCAAGCUGGAGGGGAGAGAAGAGGAUCGCUGCCGGCGGAGGCAACUGCUGUUCCGCGUGAGCGGACGUAAGGGCAAUCCAAUCAGGCGCAGAUUGUGGAGGGAGAAGCAGAGGGAGGGAGGUGGUUUAGACGAAGCUCGCUGUGCGCGAUCUGUCCCGCCUGCGAGCCGUCGUCCUGCCACGUGUUCCCCUCGUCCUUCCUCCUCAUCUCCAUCGCCAACUGCAGCUUCCAACGUUCACGCCAAGCUGGUCAACUCAGCAGCUGCAGGAGGAGCAGCAGGAGGAGGAGGAGGAGGAGGAGGAAGAGGAGGAAGAGGAGGAGGAGGCAGAGGAGUUACUUUGUCGCAGAAGCUCAAUCAACUUGACCUGAGCUGCUCCCCAGCGAGGUCGACAUUGCGAUCUACUCCACCUCCUUCCGCGUUCGCUUCUCCUACUUCUCCUACUUCUCCUACUUCUCCCACUUCUCGUACUUCUCAUACUUCUCCUAGUGCGUCCCAUUUCUCGCGCGAAGGCUCGUCGUCGUAUCUGAUCAACAAGAAGAACCACCGAUCAGCUAUAAUGGCCAAGUCUGUGCUUUCUUCUUAUACUGAUGGUGCCAAUGGGACCAAUGGUGUCAAUGGUGUCAAUGGUGCCGAUGGUGUGAAUGGUGUUAAGCCGCUUUUCAGCAAUUUCAGUAUCAAUCGCUCUGUGGCUGCGCAUCCUUGGCAUGAUUUGGAAAUCGGUCCCGACGCGCCGUCGAUCUUCAACGUGGUGAUCGAGAUCGGCAAGGGCGGCAAAGUCAAGUAUGAACUGGACAAGAAGACGGGUCUAAUUAAGGUAGACAGGGUGUUGUACUCUUCGGUUGUGUACCCGCACAACUACGGGUUCAUCCCGCGCACUCUUUGCGAAGACGACGACCCCAUGGACGUCCUUGUCCUUAUGCAGGAGCCCGUAAUUCCAGGUUGCUUCCUGAGAGCGAAAGCCAUCGGCUUGAUGCCUAUGAUCGACCAAGGGGAGAAGGAUGACAAGAUCAUCGCCGUCUGUGCCGAUGACCCGGAGUUCAGGCAUUACACGGACAUUAGGGAGCUCGCACCGCACCGAUUAGCGGAGAUCCGACGGUUCUUUGAAGAUUACAAGAAGAACGAGAACAAGCAGGUUGACGUCAACGAAUUCCUGGACUCGACGGAGGCAGUGAAGGCCGUCAAGGCCUCGCAGGAUCUGUAUGCUGCUUGGAUGCCAGAGAGCUAUAAUCAUAUGGACCCUUGUCUAGUGGGGAACUCGAUGCGGUCAGUUGUUAGCGAGUUGUCUGGAAGAGGGAACAUUUUUGAUAAGGCUGAGAAGGCAGGGCUUACGAUCGACCGGGAGACGGCAGGAAGUGUUCUCGCACGUAUCAAACAAAUGGAGAGUGAGGGUUGCGCCUUUGAGAAUGCCGGAGCGUCGGUGGAUAUGCUGAUUGUGAGGAAAGGGAAAGACUAUGUGCAACCGUUCCGAGUUCUUGAGUACUCCGUAAUUGCCAGCAACAGAGGAGAGGUUAUGUUCUCCAGCUCUUCAAAAAGCAGCAGCUUGCAGGAGGCAUGCUCUGAAGAAGCUCAGCCACAUGACGAUGUUGCAAAGCGAAGAGGAGGUGUAGCUGUUGCUGUUGCGACUCACCAGCAUGAGUGCGGCUCUUGUAACGUCAAUCAGGCAAUGCUCAAGCUCCAAGUUGGCGACCGGAUUAAGAUGACAGCGGCAGAGGGUCAUGGCCCGAUCGAUGCCCUAAGCAAUGCGCUGCGGGACUCUUUGGAAAGCCACUUCCCACAGCUAAAGCAGAUAGAAUUAUCAGACUACAAGGUCAGACUCCUUGAGCGAUCUGAUGAGCGCAGGGGUUCAGACAGUGCUUCAACAACGCGAGUUACGAUGGAGUUUUCCGAUAAGCUGGGAAAGAAGUGGAACACGGUGGGUGCGAACACAAGCAUUGUGGAAGCGAGUUUCCAAGCUCUGGUGGAUGGACUGGAGUUUGGUAUUGUCCACUGCUCAGAGGAUGGCUGUGCCAUAUAGAUGACAAACAAUCAAUCGCCACCGACAUU